AUGCAGCAGCACCAGCAACAAGAGACAGAAAACCCAAGUCGUGGAUCCCGUUUACCUGUCAACCCUCGACGACACAAGGUAGCACCUGAGCAGAGAAAGCGCGUCGCCACAGCAUGCAAUAGCUGUAACAUCCGUCGCAUCAAAUGCUCCGGCGAAAGGCCUUGUCGUCAGUGUCGAGGCUCCUCCCGAGACUGCGUUUAUCCUGCGCCUGUCGAGAAAGUCUCCAUCUCCCGCAGCGAGCUGGAUGACCUACGGAGGCGAUGCGAGGCUGCCGAACGGGCCCUGCAAGCCAAGGUCCCUGAUGCUGCCGAGAGACAACAACUGCUGGAGCAAGAGGCUGAUCCCGCCGCCUUCCGUGCCCAGUCCAGCUCGUCAUUUACUCCUCCGCUGCAACACACCCAACAGCCGCCACAGCCGCGCAGGGACGGCCCCGGCGACGCCGCCGCAACUGUGGAUGAGACCGAGACCGCCGGUCGCAUGUUAUCGGACCCGGACGGAAAGUCCCGUUUUCUCGGCGAGACCUCCGGCGCCACUUUCCUUGACUAUCUCAAGGAGUUCAUGUCCACUAUAUUCCCGCUAGCCUUCAACAGACCGUGGCUGUCGCCGACACCCAACAAUGGCUCAACUUUUCUUGCGUCCCUCGGGCGAUACCAGACGUACGACUCCCGGCCCAUUUAUGAAGAGGCGAAUAUCGAUCCGCUUGUGCUGCCGUCCCGAGUCGACAUGUCGGCCAUGCUUAAUGACCUCCGCUACUUCAUACAAGAUGGGAACGGUGCCUUUCCCUGUGGCGGCAUCUACUGGUGGGGCGACCUCGGCUCCGUCCCCGUUGACCCGAAUCCGGUCUCCUUUCCAUCCGAGAUGUCUCGUCAGGACAUCUUGGACAAAUAUCGUCAUCUCGCCUUCUAUCACACCGCCUUCGCCGUCGCCUGCCAGGCCAACACGACGGCCGCUCGCAUGCCUGACCCCUCGGACAUGAGCCAGGUCUUCUUCGCCCGCGCGCGUCUCCUCCUCGGCAACCCUCUCGACAUAACCAGUUGGACCAUCAGCGACGUUGCUGUGCUUGCCCUCAUGGGCUUUUACCUUAUAGAAAUGAACCGCCGCGAUGCCGCCUACAUGUAUGUCAGCAACGCCAUGCACAUCUCUAUGAUGCAUGGUGCCCACAGAGGUUGGGUGGACGAGCGAGGAAAGCGCGUCUUUUGGACGCUGUACAUCCUCGACCGCUGGCUGAGCUGUCUCAUGGGCCGUCCGCCGACCAUCUCGGACGACGCAGUCCGUCUCCCCUUACCAAACGAUGCCCCGUUCCCUACCCCCUGCAGCCGGCCUCCGAGCCCACGUCGAGCUGGCCCGCAUUUCGAGCCACAUUGUGUGCAACACGUAUAG